UUCCAAAAAAGUACUCGCAUUUAUUUGAAAAAUGAAUUUCAAGGUGUUUGCCGCUUUUGUCGCCAUUUUUUUGAUGGCUAUUGCUGCAAAAGCUUUUGCCGCUUCAUCAGUUGAAGGGAACACUGACAGUUUGAAUGCAGCCAAAAGUCAACGUGAAAGUCCACUUGUUCAACCACGCAUCACUUGUGACAUCCUCGGCUCUGAUGCUUGGUGUGCAGUACAUUGCAUUGGCAAAGGUUUUCGAGGCGGAUAUUGCAAUAAACAAAAAGUAUGCGUAUGCCGUCGCUAAUUGAAUUGAUUCGGAUUCGUAGUCAUUCUUUGAUAUGUUAUUAAAAUCAAACUAUGAGCUAUUUUCCAAAAUCACUUUUUUAUUGGAUAAUAAUUUUUUUUGUGAAAGUUUUUCUAAAUGAAUGGAAA